AUGGAAGAAUUGUCAAUAAACCAAAGAGUCUUUGUUAAGGAUGAGCCAGGGAUUAUAAGGUUUAUUGGAGAGACUCAAUUUGCUUCAGGGACAUGGAUUGGAGUUGAGCUUCAAAAUGCUCAUGGGAAGAAUAAUGGGUCUGUAAAUGAUAUACGAUAUUUCGAAUGUGAAAAAAAGGAUGCAAACUACGGGGUUUUUGUUAGGCAUUCAUUGAUAAGUACGAAUUCGAUUCAAAAAUCCAAAUCUAUAGACACUCUGAAUCUUGAAAAUAUUAUCAAUAAGUUGCAAGAUAAGCUUAGAAAUGCUAAUGGAGAGGUCGAAAAGCUCAAGAAGAAAAUUGAACUGCUCAAAGAAGACGUAACUAGACACCGGGGUGCUACUAUGUCUUUAGAAUCCAAGUUGGAAAUGGUAACAACUGACAAAGAGUUCCUAGAGGAUUCAAAUCGUAAGGUGAACCAAGCAUUGGAAGAGUUGCAGCUGAAGUAUGAGGACUUGAAAACAGAUUUUCAAAUUAUGCUGGAAGAAAUGGAACUAAAUAAACAAAUAGAACAGGAAAUAAUAUCUCAGAUGAAAGAAUCAGAUGCCAAUGAUAUAGACUUUCAAGUUCUUCUUCUGCGAAAUAGGCUGUUGGAGAUUGCCCUUACGAGUCUUCAAAAAUUAUCGGCUGAAAAUGAAUUAAAUCUUAAGAACGAAAUACAGGAUCUAAAUCUAAGACUAAUUGAAAAAGAAAAAGGAAUUGGAUCGCACGAUGAGCUUCUUCGAAACCUAUCAGCUGCCCAAGAGACAAUUGAUUCGUUACAGAGUCAGUUAGAUUCAGCGUUGCAGCUGGAAAAGAUGAUUGAGCAUUUAAAUUUGGAGAACGAUAAUCUCCACUCGAAAGUUUCAAGUCUCACCAAAACCAUUGAUGAGUUGACUGAAUUGCAUGAAUUGGACAAGAGUCUUGAGGAAAACCAAGCGUUAGUUGAGAAAGAAUUGCGAAAGGAUAUCUAUGAUUUAUCCUCUAAAAUAAAGGCAAAUGUAGCAGUUAUUGAGGAGCUUAAUAGAAAAAAUAAGUAUAUGGAAUCAAAGAUUUCCGAAUUCAAAAAAAAAUCGAAUAGUAACGUUGAAGAUGGUGAGAAUUUAGAAGAAUUACAGAUGCAAUUAGAAGCAUUACGGCUUGAGUUCAGGAAGACUCAAUCUUCAAAUGAAUAUUAUAAAAUAACGCAUGAUUUGAUUAAUGCAAAACUAGAGAUAUUGCAAGAAAACAUGCAUUUUCCAAAUGCUAAAUAUAAGGAAGUUCUUAGAAUUCUUUUAUCAAUAAAGUUAAAUAUAUCUGCAAUAACUAUUAUAAAUAAUAUUAUUAAUAUGGCUAUUCAAAAAGGACCAUCAUCAAGCAAAGGUACAUUAUUAAGUGUUACUAAUCGUUUUCAUUCUUUGAAAAGCUUUUUGCAAAAUAUUUCUGCUUUAUGGGAGUAUAAUUAUAACCUUGACGCAUACCGACUUGUUGAAGAUAAAUUUUAUAAGAUGAUCUCUGAUUUACAAUUGAGGAUAGAUAACUCUACGACAUAUGUAAAGGAAGGAAAUUAUGAUAGCAUUAAUACUGAUUACAUUGACGAGUUUUUAUUGGAAGCUACCGAACUAAUGGAUUUGAAAUUCAUCGAGAGUGACGAGACGAGUGUAUAUUUCCAAAACACUUCUUGUGCCAACUUUUUGUUAGAAUCAUAUCGAAAUGAGGCUAGCCUAUGCAUUAAAAUCGUUAACAUACUCAAAGGGUUUCUUGACACUUCUCGUGAAAUGGAAGAAUUUAUAUCUUCAACAAACCAGUUGGAUAACAUUAUAUCUGAAAGUCAGAGUCAAGAAAUAGAAUUCGACCGCCUCAUACUUAAAUUAAAGGAUAGUUUCAAUAAUGGUAAUAGUAUAAAUGUUUCAAUGUCUUCGAUGCCGCAUUUUGGCAGCUCAUUAAGAGAGCUUAAUUCUCCUAUAGAAUUAUUACUGAAAAUUUUGCUAGAAGUCGAAGUAGAAAGUCGUUUAAAUAAAAACCCUGUUUCCAUUGAUAUACUGGUAUUGAAAAAUAUCUUUGAUAUUAAAGUUGCUGGUACUAGCCCGAAAUUCUCCUCGGUAUUAGAUAUUUUGAAACAAAGAGAUUGCUUUAUGAAAUUACAGGUCAUAAAUAACCAUCGUACCCUUCCAAAAGUAUAUUCUUUGCUUGGUAAUGACCAUGCAUUAGACGCUAACUCAACAAAUGAUGCAGAAGAGGAACUUAAAUCUUUAAAACAGAAAUAUGCUGGCCUAUCUACAAAGUUCUUUGAAAAGGAGAAAUUCAUUCAAGAAUUACAGCUAAAUAUAAAAUUUCUACAAAGCAGUAUGGAAAAAACUUCUGACAGGAAUAAAGAUUAUAUCCAGAAUAUAAAAGCUGAGCUUGACCAAAUAAAGGAUAAAUAUGAAGAAUCAAAUCAGAAAUGCCAGGAAUUAUUGGAGGCUAAUGAAAAAAUAGAGUCUGAAAUAGAGGACCUAAGAGGAUCCUCUCGGAUAGAAGGUGAUAAGUAUUACGAUAAGUUUGCUAGUUUAGAAAGUGAAAACCAGCAUAAUGUUAACAUGGCUUUGCUUGAUGAAAUUGUAGUACUAAGAAAAUUAUUGAAGCAUAGCAAUAAUGAACAUGAUAAGCAAAGGGAGCACGGCCUCGAUUGGUUAAAUAAAUCAUUAAUAUCUAAGUAUAAGAUGGAAAGGUCACUGAAUAUUGCAUUAAAAUUCGAACGCAAUUCUUCAAAUUUAAGAGACAUAUCAAAGAAUGCAAGGCUUGCAAAUAUUUCUAAUAAAUCCGCAACGUGGAGGCCGAAGUCUAGCAUACCAAAGUAUAUGGCUUUGAUAUUAGAAGAAAAUGCUACAAAUUACCUUGAACAAAGGAACCUUACACUCUCUCUGUUAUCGUCGUCAUCAUUAUAUUAA